CACGAGGAUACAAUUGCCCAGGCUCAAAAGAUUUACGCGAUGGAUCACCAGGAGGAGUUCAAAUUCCAACAAUGUUGGGAGCUUCUUCGUACAUCACCGAAGUUUGGUGUACCAAAAGCGUCCACCAAAGAAGUUCCCGUUUUUGAUACCGUUGACCGCACGACGGAGCGGCCUAUCGGACAGAGAUCGGCGAAAAAAUUUGCCAAAACGGAGGAUGCGGAAAUGAGACGUAUAGAAGCACUGGAAAAGGUGGCUGCAGCGGUAUUAUGUAAUAGCGAUGGACACGUACGAUGAAUUUGUCGAGUCGGGAUAUAUUUCAAUUAUGGAAUACUUCGACGAUAGUGAUGAGCUUUUACUAUUUGAUUUGAAAGAAGAACUAUUCUCUGAACACGAGGUGUCAUCAAGAAAAGGAUCUCAACCGGGACGAAAAAAUGUGAACAGGGACUUUAACAUGGGCUACGACCGAUUGGUGGCAGAUUAUUUUGCAGAAAGCCCCGUGUACGACGAAAUCAAAUUUUGCCGGCGUUUCAGAAUGCCUAGAACAAUGUUCCUGCGAAUUUUAAAAGACGUAGAGAACAAAAACGACUAUUUCAAGCUACGAAGUAAUGCAGCUGGAACACCAGGAUUAACUGGCUUACAAAAGUGUGUUGCUGCCGUCAGAAUGCUGGCAUACGGGAUUGCCGCUGAUGCUGUUGAUGAAUAUGUGAGAAUCGGUGCAUCAACAGCUAUGGAAUCUUUACGGAACUUCUGUACGACCGUGGUAGAGGUAUAUGGUGACAUAUACUUGAGAGUACCAAAUAAUGAAGAUAUUCGCAAAAUUGUGAUCGAAAACGAAAGCAGAGGUUUCCCAGGUAUGCUUGGAAGUAUUGAUUGUAUGCAUUGGGAGUGGGGUAACUGUCCUGUUGCAUUCAAAGGUCAAUAUGUGGGAAAAGAUGCAAAACCCACAGUAGUGCUGGAGGCGAUUGCUUCAUAUGACACGCAUAUAUGGCAUUGCUUUUUUGGUAUGCCUGGGAGUUGUAACGAUAUAAAUGUUGUUGAUCGCUCCCCAAUAUUAAACAACAUUGUGAAUGGAAAAAUUUUGAAAGUGGAGUACAUUCUCAAUGGAACCAAACGCGAUAGAGGAUACUUCUUGGCCGAUGGGAUUUACCCAGAUUGGCCAGUAUUCAUGAAAACAGUAUCUCAUCCCAGCAACAACAAAGAGAAACUCUUUGCCAAAAAGCAAGAGGCGGCACGGAAAGAUGUCGAAAGAGCUUUCGGAAUACUAAAAAAAUGUUGGCAUAUCCUCACGCAUCCUUGCCGGCUAUGGGAUGUGCCAACAAUGACAAAUGUGAUGCAGGCGUGUAUUAUUUUGCAUAAUAUGCGUAUCGAGUAUCACUGCAAUAUGGACAACAUACUUCAAGAUGAUUCGGAGACGAUACCGCACACUCAUCGAUCAAUGGAGAAUUGCCCAAAAUCUAUCAUCACAUCAGUACCGCCAGGGACAUUUGCUCAAUUUUGUGCCGAACGGAUGGAUAUGAAAAAUACGGCUGAAUGUGCGUCGCUUCGAAAAGAUCUUAUAGAUCAUGUUUGGUCCCACCAGGGAUCAGUAUAAUCACAAUUAUAUCAUAGAUCCCUAGUGUGUGCACACCUCAUACAGUUAAAUCCUCUUAUAAGUGACCCCAUAACACCCAUUAGACAAAAACCUUCCUAGAACGUAGCCACAUCCCAAAGAAGAAGAAGAAGACUCCACAUCGCCGAUAAGUCGCCAACUUUGACACACAUUUCAUCGAAUAGAUCUCCAAGAACAUCAUUUCAUGCGCGACCACCAUUUCUUUUGAUUGCUUCUGCGCAUGAACCGGAAUACCCUG